AUGAUGGAAGUUAUUCUAUGGAAGCAGAAGAAGAUCCACAAAUGCGACGGAAUUUUGCUGAAUGGCUCGAUAAUUUGGAAAAAUUCGAAAAAAAUUAUUUCUCUUGACUAUUCGCGUCAAAAGUCAUCGAAAAAUGAGGAAAUUCUGCACAUUCCAAGUCCGUUAAUUAAUUCUGAGUUGAGACCUCAACCAGCAAGUGAGACUUCAAGUCAAAUUUUUCCAUAUCUUCAAUCGCCAUCGCUUAUAAAUUUAAAAGCUCCUGACGUCAAAAUUUGUUUAAAAAAUCAAAAUGAUGUUUCAUUGGACAAUUUGAAGGAAAACCCGCGUGAAAAACAAAAAGAAUUAAAUGCAUUGGAUGACAAAUUUUACAUUUACGAUAAAAAUGGAUGUUAUUACGCAAUUCCAGCGAGUUAUAAACGAAAAUCAACCAGAAGAUCUACAAUGAAAAAAAUUUCAGUGACUCCUACGCCUAAAAAUUCGUUCGUUGCUCCAAACGUUCCUGAGAAAAAUUUAACAGACUGCAAGCUUGAGUUAGGAUUUCCCGUUGGUAUUGUUGUUGGUACUUUUUGCACUUCAGACGAGCAAUUUCCUGAAAAUUUUCGCAGCAAACAAGGUCUCGCAUGUUGCAUAAUGGCAUUCGCAUAUACGUACAUCAAACCAGAAAUGUCAUGGAAAGCUGAAACGCUUGACGCCAUUCUCGUCGACGGCAAUCAGCUUUACGGAAAUAGCUUAGACCGCAGCGGAAAAUCAGAUGAACUCUCAAUGCAAAAGUUUUACGUGAAAAGUACACGAUUCGAAAUUGCUUUUGAACCAACAUUCAAUGGAAAAUUACUCAAAACGCCCGACAUUUAUACGGGUCUCAAAAAAUCCCUUCGCAAAGAAAAAAAAUGCAUAUUUCAAUGUCGUGACGUCACACUUCUCAUAUGGAAAAAAUCCUUUGGAUAUUUCGUAUUUGAUCCAAAUGGUCGAGAUCCAGUUACGUGCGAAUCGGGCAAUCAAUCUGCUUUGAUUUUACUUCAAAAAUUACAGAAUGUCGCGCAUUUCAUCGUAAAUUUAUCAAAAUUAAAUGGAAAUUUUUCCUACACUUUGAUACCAUUAAAGAUGAAAAAUCUAAAAAAUCCCGCGAAAAAAGUUGAAGAAAUUUCGUGUGAGUCAACGUAUCAUGUUAUAAAUCCUUAUAGAGCUAUUUUGCGAUGUGAACUUCAUUUGAGACAUCCGAGCUUUGGAAAAAAUAGAAAUCAACAAUCGAUGAUGAUGUCAAUAACUUCUAUGGUAUAUUCAAAAAUUAUACCUUCUAACUCAUGGACAUCGUUAAAUCUGCAAAAAAUCAUGAAAAUUGGCGAUGAAUUGCAUCAAAAAGUGGCUGGAAAGGAAAAUAUUGAUUUAAAACAUUUACCAAAAAUUUUAGAAGUUGAAAAUUUCUCCGCAAAUUUACAUUUGAAGCCAUUUUUCGAGACUUUUGACGAAGAAUUCGCAACUUUACCAACAGAAAAUCGCCAAUUUUUGCUCCAAGUCAGUCAAAUGUUCUUCGCCGUGUGGAGUAACAAUCAAAUUUAUUACCUUUUUGAUCCGUAUCCCAGAGAUGAAGAAGGAGGCGUUUGCAACGACAAAUUUGGGCAGUCUUGCGUCAUCAUGUUUAGUCGUCCUGAGGACCUAUGGAAACAUUUUCACAGCAAUAUUCGUCAAAUUCGACCUUUGGAUAAAAUUUACUUACAUGAGAUCGAGAUUCAAGAUUUGAAAAAAUUGGAAUCCUCGUCAGAAAAUCAAAAUGAACCUAAAAAAGUCAAUUUUGAACCACAAAUCAACCCGAGCAAUGAGACUUUGGUACUGGAUUCGCCUUUUUCAUCCCUCACAAAAGUCACGAGUGAUCCAAAAAUAGUAGAAAAUUAUUCAACAACGCCAUCUAUUGACUAUUUAUGUGUCACAGAGGCUCAAAAUCUAAUUGACGACGUGGUUCUUCCUCAAAGUCAUGUUGAAAUUGCAUCUUUAGAUGUUGCUCAUGAAAGUUCCAUCGAAAUUUUCGAAGAUUCUGAUACUAAAUCCUCUUCUAAUGCGGUUGUUGCUAAAAGAAUUCUCCUAAAAUCCGAUUUAGAAAAGUUAAAAGCACAAAAAUAUCAAAUUCGACACGAAAAUAUUGCCUUACCUCAUGACCAGUGUCAAUGCCAGCGAACGUUAACGAUGAGCGAGGAACAGUUGCUGCCUUCAAACUUCAAAAAAAUGCCUGAUGGGAGUGAAAUUAUCUUCGGCUCGAAAAAUAUCCAUCAAUUCGUCAAAAGUUUAAAGGAAAUUUCUCGAUUUUCAUCGCUCGUAGCAAUCUCAACACUCGUCGUUUCCUUCAAAUAUUCAAUUGCCUCAUGGAACUCGUCAAUUGUGGACUUUGUACUUGAAAUAGCUGCCGAAUUACAAGUUUUAAACGACAUUCCAGUGAUUCAAAUUGGCAACAAAGAAUUCCACAUUCAAAUUGACCCCGUUGAAAAAGUUUCAUACAAAAAUUUGAAACAAACUCUCCUUGCCACGAACAUCAAAAAAAUAAUUCUUCAAUCAACGAAACUCCAAAUCGCCAUAAUUCGUCGCAAUAAUUUCUUCUACUUCUUCGAUGGAUUUCCAUGCAAUCAAGUAGGCAUGCGAAAUGUGAAUGGCGUUGCUUGUUUCAUGCGCUUCAAGUCUCUUCAUGCGUUAUUGCGAAGAAUUGACGCGAAUUUCGGACAAAUUGAAUUAACAGAUGAAAUUAUUUUGUGUAAAAUUGCACUUUUAGGAGAUGAAGAGUAUCCAAAUCCAUCAAAUUCGACAAAAGAAGAAAUUAUGAAAAAGGCAAUGCAUGAAAAAACGUAUCGAGAAUUACUGAGACAACAAAAAUUGGAAGCUGUAAAGGCAGAAAUUGAUCAAGAAAGAAAUCGAAUAAAAGAAUUUCGAAAAUUAAAAGGACUUGAAUAUGUAGAUUCUGAUGAAUCGAUGGAAGAAAUAUCAGAAAAACCCAAACAAAUUAUUCCAAAGAGAUUUUCAAGCGAAAAAAGAUCAACUUUAAAAAUUGUUGAACAAGAAAACGGAGAAAAUUCUUCUAGAAGUGAAAAAAUAACGCAAAAUUCGACAAAAUCUAGUCGAAAUUCGAAAAUAAAUGAUCAGGAAACCACAAAGUCAGGAGAAAACAAGAUAAAUUCCAAUGAAAGCAUUGACAAAACAUCAAAAAUAAUUUCUGGAAUACCCACAAAAUCAACUAUCAACUCCAAAGAAUCCCUCAAAAACGAAAAUCCUUCAACAAUUAAAUCUAUUUCGAAAACUGAAAAGUCAAUCGACGAUUUUCCAAAAAUUUUUGGCUCAAUGGCUUUGCGUGAAAGAUGUAGUUCAACAGGAAAUCGUGUCAGAAAAUGCUAUUUUACGUCAAUUUAUGCUCUUAUGUUUGUCAUGCACCAUCCGCUGCAGCAAUGGACAAGUUGUGAUGUCGAUUUUUGUGUGAAAAAGGGCAAGGAAUUGUUCAAAACUUUAAAAAAUCGAGAGAUUUGCUCAAAACGAGAGAUAAAGGAUAUUCUGAUCAAAAACAUCGUUUAUAACAUUUUUGUCUUAAAAGUCAACACAAAGCUGUCUCUUAAAGAAUUUUUAUUGUCUUGCAACUUACGUUACUUCAUUUUACAAUUCAAAAAUUGCUGUUUUGGAAUUUAUUGUGACAAUAGUUCAUAUCACAUUUUUGACUCAUAUAUUGAAUGUUGCAACGAAGAAACAUUAACGACUGAAAAAUCUGCCGCUUGGGUCUGUUGCGCUGACGUUAAUGAAGCCAUGAAAUAUUUUACCAAACGAGUGAUUAACAAAGAUUUCGUUCCAUAUAAAAUACAAAUUUUCCAUCAUAAAAAGAUUCCCAUGAAGAAACGGGAGUUUUGUUUGUCUCAAGCAGAGUCACAAUUACCAAGUGAUAAAGAAUUUUUGGACCAAAUUGGGAUUUUACCAUCAUGGAGUCGUUUGAAUGCAAUUUUCCGUCGCAAAUGGAAAGAAUUCGACAUUGAAACGAGUGAACUUUGUUCCCUUUGGGGCAACAUUAGUCCCUGUAUUCCGUAUUUCAACAAUUCAUGCAAGCAAUAUUUGGCUUUGAACGCAAUGGCGAUCGGCAUGUCGUUUUUGUAUCCGGUAGACGAGUGGAAUAGUGAAAUUUUGGAUUCGAUUGUCACUCAUGGAGAUCGUUAUUUCACGGAAUCCAUGGAAAAUAUGGCAUCCAAAUGCGAUUUUGAGUUUGUCCAUUUGAAUGACAGCUACGAAUUGAGUAACGAAAUUUCUUUGAAGUUUACUUACACGCCGAUUGUUUGCGGAACAAUUUUCGAAACGAAUUUACGGGACUUUGAUUUAAGUCGUGCACUUGUUUUCUUCUUUCGCCACAAUAAACACGGAAUUUUGUGCGUGAAUGGUAGAGCAUUGGCAAUUGGACGAGAAAAAAUGUACUUUAUGUAUGAUUGUCAGAGCACGGGGAAACCUCUUUUUGCGGAAAAUCAAGGCACGACGUACAUUUUACGCUGUUGUACGAUGAGACAGUUGCUGGAAUGUCUUUUGGUGACAUUAAAUAUUCGCAAAUAUUCCGUAAAAUUUGUCAUUUACGGAGUUGAAGUCAAAGCAGGAGAUGAUAAUGAAGCCAAAUUUACUGAAGAAAUACAAGAAAGUUCUGAGGAAGAAAUUUUCGAAGACGAUGAAAUUGAGGAUAAAAUUUCAGAAAAAAAUUCAUCAAAGGAAAAAAAAACGAAAAAGGCACACAGUGAAUCCAAAGUGAAAAUAAAUUCUAAAGAACAAUCAGCCCGCGAGUCUAAAGAGAGUCAAAAUGAUGAAAAUUCAGAUGUUGAAAAACCUUAUGUACCAACUUUGGAUCCCAGAAUCUGA